AUGAAGUCCGACAUCGCAGACGACCUCGACAAGCUCAACAUCAGAGAUAUUCUAAACGCAGAUUCACGACCGACAUUCAUCAUUGAUCUGGACCCCGAUGAUGAAUCGCCAUUACCAGCAAACGUCAUUCAACCUGUCUUCUGUAACGCUGCUUUAAAAACUCACGAACGACUUUUUGACUCUGUGCGCGGGGAAGGGACGCCUAAUAACGCUCAAACCGAAUCUGUUUCAUACCUCGACUUCAAGACCUGGAGUACCGGAAUUACGACCCAAGAUGACAGUAGAGAUGUUUAUCCUCUAUUCUUUCUUUACAAAGACCUACUCUGGACCGGAUCAACGGUCGCAAAAAGAUGGCGAUUAAUCAGUGGAAACCGACUAUGGCAACACACUGCUCCUCCAGAAACGUUGUCCUCUAACGCACUCUCUCGGGCCAGCACGCCCACUAGACCGGCAAAGCAAGACCGCGAGCCCGAGGUCAAAAACAACAUCUUCCAAAGCCCAACUGAGAUGAUAGCUCCGGAAAUUCCAUCCAUAGGUGGAUCAACGCUCGUCAUAUCAACACAGCGAAAAGAAUCGCUCAAAUCAUGGUGGCGAGCAGGGACGUCCAAGGGAAGCUCGGACCGUAUCACAGGCAGCUCAAGCAGUGGGUCGUUCGUUCUAGGGAAGCCUGAGAAAGCUGUCGCAGAUUGGACUGUCGCAAAGCCGAAAGGACUCCUAACGCCGUAUAUGAAGCUUCUCAGAGAGAUUGACUGGUCUUCAACACCACUCGGACACAUGGAUACGUGGUCGCCAGAGCUUCGCCAAGUGGCGAAUCUCGUCAUCAUGAACCCUCACCCUGCAAGUUUGUUCUGGGGGAAUGAUAUGACAAUGCUGUACAACGAGCAAUAUGCCAUUCAUUACGCCGGCAACAAGCAUCCAUCUAUGCUGGGCACAGGCGCAUCUGGUCCUUGGUCAGAAGCCUGGGAUGUCCUUGGAUCGGCUUUCGCUGAGGUAAUACGGACUGGUAACAGCCACCGCAGCGACAAUGAUGAACUAGCCCUCUUUAGACGAGGGUUUCUCGAAGAAACCCAUAUCUGCUGGACGCUCACACCACUGUAUGGCGGUACCAAUCGUAUUGUCGGCUUCUACAAUAGUCCUUUAGAGACCACGACACUCAUCUUGAGCCAGCGCCGAAUGGCUACCAUCAAUAAGGUUGGAGAGUCUUUACGGAAAGCUACUUCCAUCAGAAGUUUUUGGAAGUUUGUACUUGAAGGACUGGAGCAUAACCACAAAGAUGUCCCCUUUGCCCUGGUUUACUCUGUUGGAGAUUCAGAGGAGGUAGAUCAGCAAUCGAGUUCUUCUGGCAGCACGAUCUCAAGCAAGUCAUGCUAUCUGGAGGGGACUAUCGGUAUACCUCGUGGACAUCCUGCUGCACCAGAUCAAAUCGAUCUCAAGAGGAGUCAUCAGGGUUUUGUACCAUCCUUCCGCGAAGCCAUGCGCACACGAGGCGAGCCCACACUGAUUCGAAUCAGAGAUGGCUCCCUGCCGGAAGAUAUCCUUCAAGGGAUCGAGUGGCGAGGUUUUGGUGAGACUGGUACAGAAGCAAUCAUAUUCCCUGUUCGCCCAACGAAUGGCGAGAACGUCUUGGCCUUCUUGGUCCUUGGAGUCAACCCUCGUCGGCCUUAUGAUGAGGGGUACAAAUCUUUUGCCUCAUUACUGAACAACCAACUAGCGACAUCCUUGGCGUCUAUUAUUCUCUUUGAAGAGGAAACACGCCGUGGACGGGAUGCUGUUGAAGCUGCAGCAUUGGAAAAGGAGGAACUGACGCAGCAAAUUAACCUUCAAGCAAGCCGUCUCCGAAGAAUGACAGAAUUAUCACCCCUCGGCAUGUUCCUCGCCAGCCCCGAAGGAAUCCUACGAGAAGCAAACGACAAGUUUUACGAAAUGACCGGCCAUACACGAGAUAUUCCUGGCGACAUGACAUGGGCUGAUUUGAUGGGUACCUCGGGCAGUAUAAUGGAACAAGGAUGGCAUCGUCUGACCCAAGAAUUGCUCCCUUGGUCUGGUGAAGUCAAGUUACCAAAAGGUGUCGAGGAUCCUGUUAGCAUCCACGGUGAGCUGAUCGACUGCUGGGUCUUGGUUACGGCACACCCUGAGAUAUCAGCCGGCGGCACGUUGCGUUCCAUCAUGGGUUCCAUCACCGAUAUUUCGCAUCUCAAGUGGGCUGAAGGGCUGCAGAACCUACGACUUCAGGAGGCGGAGGAGACAAGACGACAGCAGAACGAGUUUAUCGACAUUACGUCCCACGAGAUGAGGAACCCUCUGAGCGCGAUUCUGCAAUGCGCAGAUGAUAUUACUUCAGCUAUGGAGGCUACGAGAUCAAGCGUUGUACCUGCUUCUCGCGAAACUAUAGAAUCAUGUCUCGACGCAUCACAGACCAUUGCAUUGUGCGUGCAACAUCAAAAGUCAAUUGUCGAUGACAUCCUCACUGUCUCCAAACUCGAUUCGAAUCUCCUUCUUAUUACACCUGUAGUCUGUCAGCCACAGGCAAUUGUCGAGCGAGCGGUCAAGAUGUUUGAAUCGGAGAUGGUGGCGAAGGAUAUCAGCCUUGAGAUACAAGUCCAGGAGUUUGACGAUCUAGCGGUUGACUGGGUCGCUAUGGAUCCAAGUCGCAUUUUGCAGGUUUUGAUCAAUCUCAUGACGAAUGCCAUCAAAUUCACGGCCUCUUCGUCAACACGUAACAUCACCGUUACUGUCGGCGUGUCCAAAACACCACCAGCAGGGCGAUCAUAUACCUGGCUUUAAAUUUGCGCCCACUCGUGGGGAGCUUGCCAAUGUUGUGGUCCAAGAUACAGGUUGCGGCUUGACAGAAAACGAAAGGCAGUUGCUAUUCCAACGAUUCAAGCAGGCUUCCCCCAGAACACACGCCAAAUACGGCGGAAGCGGCCUAGGACUAUUCAUCUCAAAGCGACUCGCUGAGUUACACGGAGGACGCAUCGGUGUUGCUUCUACAGCUGGACAGGGCAGUGACUUUGGCUUCUACGUACAAGCACGAAGAUCUUCAGCUCCCAAUCAAAAAGACCCUAACCAGCCUGUGCUAUCGCAAACACCGUCAAGUACAAACCCCGCCACAGCGAUACCAACAAGGACACCAUCUGGAGAAGCCUACAUACUCAACUCAACGAACAAUCGCCGGAGACACGGCUCGAACGAAACGUUUGAUCCGCGUGACUUGACGGUUCAUAUUGUGGAAGACAACCUCAUUAAUCAAAAGGUUCUCGUCAACCAACUUAGAAAGGCUGGUUGUACCGUCAGUGCGACGAACGACGGUGUGGAGGCACUUGAGUUCCUCAGAAAGACGCAUUUCUGCAAACAGGACGGUUCAGAGCUCUCAGUGGUUCUCAUGGACCUCGAGAUGCCCAAUAUGGAUGGUCUGACGUGUGUGUCCGAGAUCAGACGGAUGCAGGAGGAGGGUGAAAUCAUUGAGCAUGUGCCUGUGAUUGCAGUCACGGCGAAUGUUAGGGAUGAGCAGAUACGAGUGGCAUUAGAGAGUGGUAUGGAUGAUUUAGUGUCAAAACCUUUCCGGAUACCCGAGGUUAUGAGCAAAAUAGAGAGGUUACUAAGGAAGUACGAUAGGUACUAG